CUUAUUAUUGAAAUAUGUGAUGGACUUCGUCCUCCGAUUAUCACAAAUGCACCUGAAGGGUAUAUUGAAUUAAUGCAAAAAUGUUGGCAUUCUGAUCCAAAGAAACGACCAAAAGCAGUCGAAAUAUAUGAAAAAGUUGGGAAUAUUUGGUCUAAUGAAUCUCUUAAUGGUAAUUCAACCAAAAUUAUAAGAUCACCAGAUAUUGGGCCUAUAGCAACUAACCAUUCAGGCGCAUACUACAAAAGUAGACCUUUAAGUGCGAUGAUAAAGUCUGUAGAAUCUACAAGAAAUUUGAGAAGUCAAAGCAUUUUUUCAGAAACUGUUAAAAGAAAGUUUGAUGAUAAUCUGAUUAAUGAUAAAAUUAUUAAAAAAACUAAAUUAUCUCCAAAUGAAGGCAAUGAUUAUCUGACAAGGGAAUUUGGGUUUGAUAUCGAUAACGCAAGUUCUAAUAAAUCUAACAAAAAUGAUUACACUAGCAAAGAAAUCAAUUUUGAUAUUUGAAAACGAUUAUAUUAAUGUAUCAUAAUUU